AUGUUACCGCAGGCAUCAGGACAUGCCACAAUAAGUAUCUACUCCUUUUCUUAUUUAUUUUUCAUUGUAGUCUUUUCUUAUUUAUUUUUCAUUGUAGUCUUUUCUUAUUUAUUUCCUUCUUUAAACCUUCAACUUCUGAAUGAACUAAAUCUUAAUGAAGAAAAGAAGGCUCCUCUUCGAAACAAGAGUGUAGCAGAUAAAAAGAAAUUGCUUGAAAUUCAUGCUCAAAACUCUAAGCAAGUUCCAACUACACCUAAGGAAUUCAUCGAAUCCCUUCAAUCCUGCAGUUUAAAGGGUGAAAAACGUCUGAAAGUAUUAGAAUCAUUAAGGGUUUCAUUAUCAAGUAACCCGGUCAGGACAGGUUGGGCAGCAGAGUUUGGUUUGGAAGGUCUAAAUGGAAUCUUGAAAAACUUAACUUAUUGCUGUGAUAACAAGCAAGAGAAGAGGAGUACCUAUGAAUGUGUCAGAUGCUUAAAGGCCUUCAUGAACAACCAUGAUGGUUUGGAAAUGAUAAUUACCCAUGAAGAAGCACUAACCAUUCUGGCUAGAACUAUGGAUCCUUCAGAUCCAAUUACAAUGCUUGAAGCAGUCAGGCUUUUGGCUGCUAUCUGUUUAGUUUUACCUCAUGGGCAUGAAAAGGCUCUAGAAGGUAUUACAUCUUGUGCAGAGAUUAGAGGUAAAGGUAGAUUUGACACCAUUAUAAAAGGACUUGAAAUGGAAGAUAAUUAUCAAAUGCAGGUUGCCUGUAUUCAGUUGGUCAAUGCCAUUGUAUCAACACCUGACAAUGUUGAAUUUCGAAUACACUUACGAAAUGAAUUUAUAAGGAAUGGUCUUAAUGACAUUUUAGAGAAACUGGCACAUCUAGGAUUCAUAGAAUUACAGACACAACUGACUGUUUUCCAUGAACACAUGGAUGAAGAUUCGUGGGACCUUUUACAAAGAUAUGACAAUGUGAAAACAGAAUUAUCUAGUCCAGAUAUAUGUUAUAAAUUGCUAAUAAACAGUGUUCUAAACACGCCUAGCUUGACAUAUUUUCUUUCUAUUUUACAACAUCUUUUGCUAAUUAGAGAAGAACCUUAUGCAAAGGUUCAGUAUUACAAACUUAUUGAGGAAUGUGUAAGCCAAAUAGUCAUACAAAAAAGUGGACAUGACCCAGACUUCAGUUAUACAAAGCGAUUCAAAAUUGAUGUGGAAUAUAUAUUAGCAAAUUUAGCUCAAGAAAAAACCCAGGCUGAAAUAGAAGAAGCCGAAAGAAAAGUGGAACUUGCAGAUACAGCCAAACAAGAGGCAGAAGCAAAAUAUGUUCGCCUUGAAGAAAAACUAAAGGAAGCUGAAUUAGAAAAUUGUCAAUUAAAGGAAAAGAUAAACUCUGGAAUUGGUGCAGUUAUUAAUAAUGCUAUUGCUGGGGGAGGACAAACAAAUGAAGGAGCAAGUGGUGGUCCUCCACCACAUCCUCCACCACCCCCACCACUGCCAGGUAUGGGUGGUCCUCCUCCACCUCCUCCGCCGCCGCCACCACCACCUCCUCUUCCACCUGGUAUGGGUGGCCCUCCUCCUCCACCACCGGCUCCUCCACUACCUGGCAUGGGUGGCCCUCCUCCUCCACCACCUGCUCCUCCUUUACCAGGUAUGGGUGGCCCUCCUCCACCACCUCCUCCACCUGGUAAGGGUGGCCCUCCUCCACCACCAGGAAUGGGAUUUCCUAUGUUAAAACAAGAAAAUGCUCUACCUUUUGGCAUGAAACCAAGAAAGAAAUAUAAUGUUUCUCUUAAAAUUAAGAGAAUUAACUGGACUAAGAUUAAUGCAAAAAAUGUUGAUCCCAACUCCUUUUGGGUAAAUGUCAAUGAAGAUGACUUUGCCAAUGAUCUACUUCUGCAGGAAAUUAAAGCCAAUUUUGCUACAAAAGUAGUAGAAAAAUCUGUUAAAGAAAAGCCUCUCAAGAAAACAAAAGAGUUGAAAGUCCUUGAUGCAAAGGCAGCACAAAAUUUGUCUAUAUUACUUGGUUCUGUAAAACUUCCAUAUGAAGAAAUUAGACGACGUAUUUUACAAGUUGACUUGGAGAAUUUAUCGCAACAUGUUCUAGAACAACUUCUGAAUUAUCUCCCACCUCAAGAUGCUAUUUCUCAGUUAUCAAACAUGAAAGAUCAAUAUGACAAUUUAGCAGAGUCAGAACAGUUUACAGUUGUGAUAUCUGAUAUCAAAUGUGUGAACCAGAGAGUUUCAUCAUUGCUGUUUAGAGUGAAAUAUGAUGAAAUUAUCAAUGACAUCAAACCUAACAUUGUGGCAGUCACAGAAGCCUUUGAUCAAAUUCGCAAUAGUACUACUUUUUCAAAAGUUAUGACAUUAAUUCUUAGUAUUGGAAAUUACAUGAAUUCUGGAUCAAGAAAUGCUGAAUCUAUUGGAUUUGAAAUAAAUUAUCUCAACAAAUUGAAAGAUACAAAAACACAGGAUGGAACUUUAACUUUAUUACAUUUUGUUGUCAAAGUAAUUCAAGAAAAUUACCCACAUCUAUUACAUUUCAAGGAUGAUUUGUCAUACUUAGAAAAGGCUUCAAAAAGUUCUGAAGAACAAAUACAGAAGAACUUGGAUUCCUUUAGAAAAGGCCUUACACAACUGAGAAUGGAUUUGAAAAAUGCAUCAAAUUCUAAAAUUGAGGGAGAUAAGUUUGUUGAAAAACUUGAACCAUUCCUGGAUAAGGCUCAAGCACAAUAUGACAUUUUAAACACAAUGUUCAAGCAGAUGGACAACAAGUAUGCAGAAUUGGCUAAAUACUAUUGUUUUGAUAGAAAGAAAUAUUCUGCUGGAGAGUUUCUUAAUGAUUUGAACAAUUUCCAACAUAAUUUCCAGCAAGCAUUGAUUGAAAAUAUACAACUAAAAGAGACACAGGAAAAAAUUGCUCGUGACAAAACAGGCCAGAGAAAAGAGGAAUCCAGAAAUGAAAGAAAAAUGAUGCGUCAGAAACAAAUUAUGGAUGGAAAUGCAGAUGAGGCAAAUCAUGGAGUAGUUGACAAUUUGUUGCAAGCAUUAAACAGUGGUACAGCUUUUAUGAACAGAGAAAAGCGUGAAGGCAAAAGACGGACACCAAGAGCUGCAGGAGCUGACCGGCUGUCAACACUUUCAAGAUCAAGACGUCAGGGGCGUACUGCGCCAAUGAUUAGUAAAGAUUAUGAAUUUGAGCACAAAGGCGAGUGGAACUAA